CCACCCGCAAAAGCCUACGCAGAACCCUCCGAACAAUGCUGCGACUCCGGCUUAAGCUACCGCCGGUGCUCUCCCUCUCAUAUUCUCAUCUCCGGCAUGUUCACUCCCCAAAGUCUAGAAUCUUCCCAUGCCUAUUCUCUUUCUCACAAUCCCCAUCGCUCUCGUUUUCUUCUUCUGUUCUGCCGAAACCCAUACCUUCGUUCACCGACGACGCUGUUGCUGAUGAUUGGGCUCUUGAGCCUCGCUAUCUUUCCUGCUGUAUGCCGGACAAGCGGCUUAAAGUGGCGGUUCUCCUCAGUGGCGGAGUGGAUAGCAGUGUGGCCCUUCGCCUACUCCAUGCCGCCGGCCACUCCUGCACCGCAUUCUAUCUCAAAAUCUGGUUCCAAGAGGAUUUUGAAAACUUCUGGACCGAAUGCCCCUGGGAAGAUGAUUUGAAGUAUGCAAGGGCUGUUUGUGAGCAGGUUGAUGUGCCUUUAGAAGUAGUGCAUUUGACAGAUGAAUAUUGGAAAAAUGUGGUUUCCUACAUUAUUGAGGAGUAUCGAUGUGGUCGUACUCCUAACCCAGAUGUUCUUUGUAAUACGAGAAUUAAAUUUGGUGCAUUCAUGGACGCCAUCAGCAGUAUGGAUUAUGACUAUAUUGCUUCUGGGCAUUACGCUCAUGUUGUCCAUCCAUUGCCAGAUCAAAUUGAUAAUCCUUCUACCUUAGAAUUAUCAAAGGAUAUGGUCAAGGAUCAGACCUACUUCCUCUCACAUCUUUCACAGGCCCAGCUUAAACGACUUAUUUUUCCACUUGGUUGUCUCCCCAAGGAUGAAGUUCGCAAAGUUGCAUCUAGAUUUAAUUUGCCUAACCAAGAUAGGAAGGACUCACAAGGAAUAUGCUUCCUUGGGAAGAUAAAGUUUAGUGAGUUUGUUGCAAGACAUAUUGGAGAGAUGGAAGGUGUCAUGUUGGAAGCUGAGACUGGAGACUUCCUUGGGAACCAUCGUGGAUUCUGGUUUUACACAAUUGGUCAACGCCAGGGUCUACGUCUCCCUGGUGGACCGUGGUAUGUUGUUGAGAAGGAUGUUCAAAAUAAUGUAGUUUUUGUGUCACGAAAUUAUUUCUCAGUUGAUAAAAGAAGGCGCCUGUUUUGUGUUGGCUCCUUGAAGUGGCUUAGUGGAUCACCACCUAACCAGAACUGUCAGGUUGCAUGCAAGGUCAAAUCAUCCAAUUUCUAUUUCUCAUAAAUUGUUCUUAAUGUUCAUUGCUUCACAAAAAGAAACGUCUCAAACAAGUUCUACCUAUUUAACCCCCUUUUUUUUCAUGUUUUGGUGGAGGUGAGGGGGACUAAUGAUGAUUAUGGUGUAAUGUGGCAAAAAAGAGUCUCUCCACAUCUUAUGAAAAAAAGCCAUGUUAGCUACAUCCAUCAAAAUUUGUCUAGCCAUUAUGCUCUAUUCUCAUGAAGUUAUGUGAUUCAAACCACAUGCAGCCCAUAAAUCUUUUACCAUUGCUGAUAAAAAAAAAAAAAAAAAAUCUUUUACCAUUCCAGGUCAGACAUGGCCCUGGCUUUUACAGCUGCAGUUUUAAAAUGGAGCGUGGUGAAGAUGGCUCUGAAGACAUUGCAGUUGUGCAGUUAUCAGAAGAUGAUCAAGGUCUCGCAGCUGGCCAGUUUGCAGCCUUUUAUGAGGCACAAACAUGCAUAGGUUCUGGUGUGAUUUUGGAGUGCUGGGAUGAUCAGGGAUUUCCUGUAUGUGCAAAGGCUGUUGAGAUUGCAAGAAUGAGAGAUAAAUCAAAGCUUGGAAAACCUGUUAAAAUCAAGGCAAAACCGGCAACUCCCAAAACAGAACCUGAUCAGAAAGGUAGCAUUGAACUUGGCAGGGCCUCUGAUGAUUCUCAAGCCAAUGUCACGGUUAAUGGUGAACAGGCACCUCAAGAAGAAGCAUUACCCAAAAUUUCAGUUAACUGGCUGCAAAAUAUAGGAGAGAAGUGGUUGCAAAUACUUAAGUUCCCUUGACCUCGGAAAUUCUUUGCUAGAAAUGAAUGAAAAUAAUGUGAAAUUCUUUUCAAGGUUCAUGUCCAUAUUACUUUGUGGCAGCUCUUUUUGUUCUGGGUGAGCUGUGUUUAAUGUUAUGUAUUUUGCUUUUGUUCUUGUAUCAUAAAUGAUUAUUACAUCUUCUGAUAUUCAAUGAUAUUUGGAUUAUUUUAUUUCAUUUUUU